GUCCUUAUACUGCAGUAAAGUGAGCUGUUUGUUGGCUUAGAGCUGUCAGACUCAGCAUUGUGUUCUGAGCGUUUUAUAUUUUAUUGUUCAUCUUUGGAAGUGAACAUCUGUGAUCCCCACUGACCAGAACAUAGAUAUUGUGGUCGUCCCAUCUUCCUCCUUUUGAGGUGAAGGAGAUGGCAAACAAAUUUUCAUGGGCACAUCUCAGUGAUGCAAAUUUACUAUCAGCAUCCAGUGAAACAUGCACAGAUCUGAGUGAUGCAAAUUUACCAACAGCAUUCAGUGAAACAUGCACAGAUCUGAGUGAUGCAAAUUUACCAACAGCAUUCAGUGAAACAUGCACAAAUCUGAGUGAUGCAAAUUUACCAUCAGUAUUCACUGAAACAGGGUGGUCCAUCUCCAGCCUGGUGAACACUAUGUGUUCCCUGAGCCACAUGGCAGAGGAAAACUUGGACAGGGCAAGAACAACUCAUUUUAGAGAUACCCUGGCGAAAAAUGAUGUACUAUUCAAGAAGAAAAGUGAUUACCAUCCUGGACAAAUAGUACAUCUUCGAAAGAGACACUCAAUCAAGUCACCUGCAUGUCGUAUCAUCCUGCCUCCCUUUCCCUUAAAGAGGAGAUGGAGUGAAUUGGCUCUGCCCACAUUCAUGAUGACCUCAAAAAAUGGCAACAGUGUGCAGCAGGAUGGUUGUGUAAAUGUAGUGAAUACAAAUGCUACAGACACAGAAGCUACUGAUUUAUUUGCUAAAUCAUCCAAAGGGAUAAAAAAGGAAGCUGAGAUUGAGGAGACAGGAAUUACCAUCUCAUUUAGUCUCACACCUCUGGAUGUGUUGUCCUUCUUGGAGGACACUGCAAGCAAACGGAACCCUGGAUGCUCUAUCCUUGAGUUACCAUCUACCAAGCACCAUCUCCAGGAGGCACCUUCAGCCUCAAACAGGAACAGCAGAAGGCUGUGGAAGUGGGUGAGGAGGCAGAUUAGUCACCCAUUUAGGAGGUUGUUUCUCUGCUUCUCUACUCGAAGUAGAAGACACACAACAUCCAGGACUGAUCAUUGGGCCCAGGCCCGUGGUUCCUAAACCACAGGCCUGUGUUCGGCCUGGUGCAGCACAAGUGCUGCAGGAGGGAGCCAGGCCAGAAGAGGCAGUGUACACAACCUGUUGUUACCUGUUAGACACCUCCACUAACCAGGACUCCAUCUCUGUCACCCCAUCUCCUACAGAGUGUGUGUCUUCCACAGAGCAUGCAUUGGCUGAAAUAUAUGAAGACUGGCAGAACAAACUCUUUCCAGUUGCCUGGCUUGGGAGUGCAAUAGGACACCAGCUCUUAGCUUGUUGUAGGAGGCUUGCCCACAAUGCCCCAGUGCUGUGAACUUUGUGUGUUCAUUUAUGCCCUGAUGUGAAAACUCCAGACAUUUGAAGAAACUGGGGCAGUGUAACAAUCUCCAUAGUUUAGGCAAGAUUUUUCAGGCCUAACAUGUAAAUUCCUUUAUGUUAUUAAAAUGUUCACUUGAUUUUU